GUUUGUGCUUCUAGCCCGGCCAGUGUGUGUGUGCGCGUGUUGUGUCGUACUCCUUUGGUUUACCUAUAUUUACCUAUCUACUCUCCGCCAUGUGCUGUGUAAUACGUGUGGAAGUACUGAGAUGUGUUCGUGUGGUGUGUGGUUGGCGGUGUGUGGUGCACUGGUGGACUAGUGAGCCGCCCCUAUUGUGUUCUGAGGCUUGGUGAUUGGCUUGGUGACUCCCACACUCGCAGCCUCCUCCUCAACGGUUUAUGGUGUGAUUUGCUACCAGUGCUGAUCAUGAGGCGCAGUAAGUGGGGUGUGGUGCCCUUUGAAGAGCCACCACGGCCACCAUGACUAAGAACCGGGUGAGCUUGCACCGAGGUAACUCCCCCAAGUCUCCACGGCGGCACAACACGUCGUUGCGCAAGAAGGCCCUUGUGAGGAGGAUCAGUGGGGAGGUGCAGUUUGGUGCGGCUUCCAAGGCUAACCUGAAGGUGGUGGUGAGGGUGCGGCCAAAGAACCAGCGCGAGGAGGAUAAGGGAGCAAGAUGUGUGGUGGACAUUCUGGACAAGCACAUGCUGGUGUUUGACCCGAAGGAGGACGCUGGCGAUGGGUUCUUCUUCAAGGGCACCAAGCAACGGUGUAGGGACUUGAGCAAACGUCAGCCCUUAGAGAAAAAAUUUGUAUUUGAGCAUGUGUUUGGGGAGCAGGCCACCAAUGAGGAGCUGUUUGAGGUCACUGCACAUCCCCUCGUUGACACACUCCUCCAGGGAUACAACUGUUCAGUGUUUGCCUACGGAGCCACGGGAGCAGGCAAGACCUUCACCAUGUUGGGACGGCCUGAGUGUCCCGGCAUCACCUCCCUCACCCUGCAGGAGCUGUACCAACGCCUUGAUGAACUCAAGGGCCAGAAACGGUGUGAAGUGGCUGUCUCUUAUCUUGAGGUUUACAAUGAGACGGUGCGUGACCUCCUAGGCACCGGAAAGCCUUUGGCACUGCAAGAAAUGGGCCAACAGGUGAUGGUGCCUGGCCUCUCUCUUCAUAAGCCAGGCAAUGCUGAAGAGUUACUAGAUAUGCUGGCCCAGGGGAACAGCAACCGCACACAGCAUGCCACUGACGCCAAUGCCGAGUCCUCGCGGUCCCAUGCUGUGUUCCAGAUAUUUGUGCGUCAGCAGGACCUGGAGGCGAGUGCUAAGGCUACUGUCACAAUAUCUAAGCUGUCUAUGAUUGAUUUGGCUGGGUCUGAACGUGGGGCUGCCACCGGGUUCAGAGGAGUCAGGUUCAAGGAAGGUUCCAGCAUUAACAAGUCUUUACUGGCCCUUGGUAACUGCAUCAAUGCACUGGCGGAUGGGCAGCGUCACAUCCCUUACCGAGACAGCAAGUUGACACGCCUCCUGAAAGAUUCCCUGGGUGGAAACUGCCGCAGCGUGAUGAUAGCUGCCAUGUCCCCAGCAUCCACCUCCUUUGAGGACACAUACAACACCUUGCGUUAUGCUGAGCGUGCCAAGACUAUCAGGACCACGAUCAGAAAUAAUGUAAAAAAUGUUGACCAGCAUGUAUCAGACUAUAUCAAGGUUGUGGCUGGCCUUAGAGAAGAGGUCACCAGUCUGCGGCAAAAGUUAAAGGAAUAUCAGACCAUGGAAGAGGAGUGGAAGAUGGAGCGUAGCGAGUUGAAGGCAGCAGCCCUCCAGCCAUCUACUUCAGCGCCGGAGGAGGAAGUGGUGGCGGAAGGGCUGAAGGAGGAAAUUAUAUCUGAGGAGGAGACCAAGGCCCAACAACAGCUGAAAGAUGCGAGUGCUGAACAAAAAGCACUCCGGCAGGAGCUGCUGCAGCUGGAGGCAUGUUACAAGGCUACAGAAUUGAAGCGUCACCAUUGGGUUGCCCGUCUGGCCAGGGUUCAAGUUGUUGCCUUUGCCUCCUCCAAGCUAGACAAGACACUAAAGAAAUGUGACCGCACCAUCAGUGCUCUUAACAACAGACUCUCACAGACUGCCUCAUGCAUUGAGACUGUGAAGAGGAAGCUAACUGUUAACCUUGCCAAGAUGCAGGAAGCCCAAGAGGCCCUGAGCUGCUUUGGGCUUGAGCCAGGCCAACUCUCCAAAGAUUCCCAGAAUCUAGUGGAAAGGCACGAGGCCAAUCUUGUCUUGCGAGGCAGCCAUCAGCUUGGGGAACACCUGCAAACCUUGCUGCAGGAGGGCUUCAGGGAGCAGCACAUGUCAGAGCAGCUUGUCCAUGUGCUUCUUGGUGCUGUGAGGGACCUCUACUUGCAGCAUUAUGAAAAGGAUCAGAAUUGUCCCAAGGCACGGAGUACCUUCCAGCAUGUGGUGGAUGGCCUGGAUGAGUGCAGGAUAGCAUGGGCUGACCAGCAGAGUGUGGCUGAGGAAGGGGAUCGCCAGGCAUCUGCAAAUGGCCAAUCUGUAGUGAGCGAGCUUAAUGCAGACCACUUCACCAACCUUCCCAGCCUUACCACGUCAGUCAUCUCGCCAAUCGUCGUCAUUGAACCACACACCAGCUUCAGAAAAUCCAGCCUGAUGUCAAGUGUCAGUACAUCUGUUCUACCUGUUCUACCACCACACCAGCCAUUGGGAAAUACUUGUCCCUAUGUCACCAGCACCACUUCACAGCCCCAGCCCAUCAGCACCUCACCCAAGCCUAUACAAGACUAUCACCCACAAAAUAUGCAGGGUGAGGGGAGUCUGAACGCUACCAUGACCACCACCACCACCACCACUACCACAGUACUGGACACCACCACCACCACUACAGUACUUGACCCCACCCCCACCACCACAGUACUGAAUACCACUCCUACCACCACAAUACCCACUUCUCCACUGCUCUCCUCCCUAGCAAAUCAGAUAAUAAGAGAUAUGGAUGAGAGACGUUCUAUUCUCACAACCAGUGCAGCUACAGGCCCACGAACCACUACCACUGCUUCCGGCAACGCAACAUCCACUCUUUUGAACACGACUUACAACUAUGUUCCUUAUGCAUCUCGGCUCUCCACCCUCACUAUCCCCACUACCCCAAAUAGGACGGUGAGCAUUGUUUCGCCUCCAUUCAUGCUCGAAUCUCUCGUCCUGCCCAGUUCUCCUGCCAGACCUCUCAACACCACCAUUGAUAUCCCCUCCACUAGUUCAUGUGCCACAACCAUUACAGCUAACCCUUCCAGCACUUCCAGUGGUCUUCACUCUGACUCCAAACUCUCUGCUGCAUCAAGGGUGCUGAAUGCAACCAUUGAUGUACAGUCACCCUUGGUACUGUCCAAACACCAACAGACACAUUCAACUUGUGAAGUGCUUAACAAGGCACACAGCGAGACCAACCUGCUCCAAAGGGUUUCCAGCACCUCACAAUUAAGCCAUGCAGAUGAUCACCUUGCAGUCCCACCUCAAGUAGGCAUUGGGGCUGUUACUAGUGCACUGCCUUCUGCCUCCACCACCAUCACCACCACCACGUCUGGUCCAGCUGUGGCCCGUCAACUCUUUUUGGGUGACAAAGCAGGAUUGAACUCUACCUUUAAUGUACCCCAAGGGGAUCCCACUACCUGCCCUUCAUCUUCAGAUCUGCUGAGGGAAGUACCACUCAGAUUGCCAGGUACUGUGGGACAGGAGUCGGCCAGUGCCCGUUCUCCACUUGCGCCCGUCACCAAUAGCCAUUCCAAUCUUCUUACUAUACCAGAGAAGAAGCCGAUGAAGCCCCCAUUAAUUAAGGGUUUCCGUGGAAUGGCUAACCGAAGAGGAAUGACUCGCACGCCACACAAGCUGGCCCAGUCAUUCACUCCAAGAAAAGAAGCCGGUCUUAGGAGAAGUAUCAGCACUCCAUCCCUUAUAUGCCAGCAGGCUCCCAGCAAACACCUCUCUUCCACUACCAAGAAAAAGUUGAAGGUAUUUGGAGGAUCUCUUCAUCGCACAUCAAGUUUCCUGAAGGGCAAGAACAACCAAGAGAACAUGCUGCCCCAUCACACCAGACAACCCUCUGCAGGAGUGCUCCGCUCAGCCUCCCCUUCCAGCCACCCCAAAUCUCCUGGUCUACUCCGCAAAGCAUGAGGUGCGGGGCUGUCCCUCUCACCUCCUAGCCCAAGCCAGGUGGACAAGGAGGUGGCAGCAGCAAGCCAUCACCCAGCCGUGGCAGGGAGGGGUGAGGGUGUGGCAGCCGUCAUUGCACCGUGGAGUGUACAUGAGAGUGCUUGGUUUAGCCGCACAUCCUGGCUUCAUUCUCCUGCCUGGCUCCACCUUCCCUCAAGUGACAUAUCCCACCUAUAAAUUUAAAUACUAUGUAUAUAUGUAUGAUUGUUGAUCUCUGUAUUAUAAAAUAGGUUUCAUACAAUGAGGAUGUCUGGAGUUUUUUUCCCCAGGAAGAUGUUUAAACAUUUUAUAUAUUCCUUUUAUUGUUUUAUAUAAUGCAUAUUUUUAUUGGAUAUUAUAUGAUGUACCUAAGUAUGAUUAUUGUAUGACUGGCUCCUCAGGUGCCAUAUAUGCUUUAAAUUUGUAAUAAAAUUUUAAAUAAA